UCUACCUCUACUUGACACCGUUGCUGUCCCCACAUCCCGGCAACCUGAAAAAGAGCAUAUUAUUCACCAAGGUUUGCCAACGAGGUGAUGAUCUCCCAAAUUUUUUGACUCUGUUGUAUUUCCAUGAAGAAACCAGCGAAAAUUUCAGAAAGAGAGAGACAUAUUCGACAUGGGUUUCUCCAAAGACAAUCUUAAAGGCUUUGUUUUGGCUUUGCUUUCAAGUGGGUUCAUAGGGGCAAGCUUUAUUAUCAAGAAGAAAGGCCUCAGAAGAGCCGCAGCUGCUUCUGGGGUCAGAGCUGGUUAUGGCGGGUACUCUUAUCUCUUGGAGCCUCUGUGGUGGCUGGGCUUUAUUACAAUGAUUGUUGGAGAGAUUGCAAACUUUGUUGCCUAUGCAUUUGCUCCGGCAGUUCUUGUUACCCCUCUCGGUGCAUUAAGUAUAAUUGUAAGUGCUGUGCUGGCUCAUUUUAUCUUGAAGGAGAGGUUGCACCGGCUUGGAGUUUUGGGCUGUGUAAUGUGCAUUGCUGGGUCUAUCAUUAUUGUUAUCCAUGCACCAAAGGAGCAUUCUAUAACGUCAGUUCUUGAAAUAUGGAGUAUGGCAACUCAGCCAGCUUUUUUGCUUUAUGUGGGCUCGGUGGUUGUUCUGGUUUUCAUACUAGUCUUCCAUUUUGCACCACAGUGUGGGCACACGAAUGUGCUAGUUUUCACCGGCAUUUGUUCAUUGAUGGGUUCUCUCUCGGUGAUGAGUGUUAAAGCCCUAGGAACUGCUCUGAAAUUAACUUUUGAGGGGAAGAAUCAGUUAAUCUAUCCAGAGACGUGGUUUUUUAUGUUGGUCGUAGCUACAUGCGUUAUCACUCAAAUGAAUUAUUUGAAUAAGGCGCUUGAUACAUUCAACACUGCAGUCGUGUCCCCUAUUUAUUAUGUCAUGUUUACAACGCUGGCAAUCAUUGCUAGUGUCAUAAUGUUUAAGGAUUGGGAUGACCAAAGUGGGGGAGCCAUCCUAUCAGAAAUAUGUGGAUUUAUUGUUGUAUUAUGUGGGACCAUCUUAUUGCAUUCAACAAAAGAAUUUGAAAGAAGCUCUUCGUUUAGAGGUGGUAGCUAUAUGCCUGUGUCACCUUCAUUAUCUGCGCGACUUUGUAGUGGCGGGAAUGGAGAAUUAGAGAAACAUGAAGAAGAAGAUGGGUCACCUUCGGAGGAAAUUUGCUUAAGAAGACAAGAAUUGUACUAGAUCAUAUCUAGGAUGAUACCAUUCCAUUCCAUAUACCUACAAGGCAAGCAAGAGUUAAGUGCCAACCAUUGUUUUACCAUUGUCCAUUAGAUGAAUCUAUGCUUGCCCCAUCUUUGUCAAAUCCAAACUUACAGUGCUGGGUGGUGGCUGUUUGCUGAACUGCCAACUGCAUUUUCUGUGUAGACGAGGAGGAAUGGAUUGACAAUGCUGACUGAACCUAGGGCUUCGCAGACAGUUCGUCCAAGAUUUCAAUAAUGGGUGGUUUGUUCACAUUAUGAAAUAAGGAAAGAUAGCUUUAAAAUCAUGUGAAGCCAAAGCAGACAUGAAGACCUGGAUUUUAUAUCCAGGCAGGGCUUUUCUUUGUUGAGGUUAACUACGGCGAAAAUUGAUGUAUGAAGGAGCUCAAGGUCAGUGGGGAGUUGAAGUUUCUGCCCAAUUUUUUUUCCUGGUGACUUCAAACAUAGAUUUUUUUAGUUUGCUUAUUGGUAUUAAUUCUUUUAGGGGUGGUUGGGGUUGGUGAUUUUCCCUUUUUCGCUUUUUGGAAGGCAUAAUAAGAAAUACGUCUUUGUAGAGUUCUGUAACCGCUUAUGAUUGUACUUUUUGAAGAUUGCUGAGUUGAUCUAGAAAUGUUUAUGCACACACAUUGUGUUUGUGACUUUUGUUGGAUCAAUACAACUGUUUUUCUGAUCAAAUAAAAACCAAUUCUAAUACC